CGCAGGGCGGCUAAAUCGGGGCCAAGUCCCGUGGGGCCUUCAAACGUCGUCACCACAUUAUCAGAACAUUUGGCACCAAAGGAGCAAGGUCACUUAUAACACAAAAAGACGUUGUUAACAUCAUGAAAACAUACGUCGCGAUCCCUGCAAUAUUAGCGCUUGUUGCGCGAGCGGUAUCGAAGAAGUCGCUCACACCAGGAGGUAUCGCCGCCGCCGUUGCAACCGCGACUGCGCAUGCGUAUCACCCCUGGAAUUUACCUUUUGCGUUAUUGGUCAUCUUCUUUUUAGCUGGUACCAGAGCAACACAUGUCAAAGAGCGCGUGAAGGCGUCGAUGACGUUGAAGUCCACCGGUUCAUCCGGAGGUGAGGGCCCAAGGAACCAUAUCCAAGUGCUUGCAAAUUCUCUAGUUGCAUCUAUUCUGACUGUGCUUCAUGCCAGACAGCUCUACGCUCGUAGUGAAAGAUUCCUUGAACAAGGCAACUCUUACGCCGGAAUCCCUGACCCAAGGAACUCGCUCUGUUACUCGUGGGGUGGGGAUGUGCUUGUUGUGGGUAUCAUCGCCAACUAUGCUGCGGUUGCAGCAGACACUUUUAGCUCUGAGUUGGGUAUCCUGUCCAAAAGCGAGCCUCGCCUCAUCACUUCGCUCGGUUUCCGUAAAGUACCUCGCGGUACAAACGGCGGUGUCAGCUUAAUGGGCCUUGCGGCUGGAUUGUUUGGAUCUAUUCUCAUCGUCGCAUCGGCUAUGAUGUUCCUGCCAAGCUGUACUGAGGAAACUGCUCAAGUCAUGGGUGGUGGCCAAGCGUGGACAAUGGAACAACGCCGGAUCUUCAUGGCAUUUUUGGUAUUCUGUGGAUUCUGUGGAACAUUGCUUGAUAGCAUCCUCGGUGGCCUUUUCCAACGCUCGGUGAAGGAUGUACGAUCGGGUAAGAUUGUUGAAGGCGAUGGUGGACGGCGAGCAUUGGUAUCAUCCGACGCUCCUUCUAAUACAGCAUCGGCGAAAGAGAAGGGUUCAACUGGUGUUAAAACGCAGACAGCUUCAAGAGUUGUUGAAAGUGGUUGGGAUUUACUUGACAAUAACGACGUCAAUUUCUUGACGGCCGUAACUGUUAGUGUUGGGGCAAUGGCAGCUGCAAGUUGGUACUGGGGUAUCCCUAUGCAGGAUAUUUGGGUUUAAGGCCAUGCCUGCAGGGGCAGUAAGGGUCAUUGGAUGUUGGAAGUCAGUUGAGUCUGGGAACGUUGUUGGUUAUGAGGUCAUCGAAUGUCCCAGCCUUACAUGUAUGCUGCAAAGGAGGCACCGAGAGGGGUUCCAAAGUUUCACUCGUGCGUUAUAUGAGCUUGGGGGAAUUGCAGCUCUAUAAGUACUUGGAAUCCAACGCCAGCCUUCUUAGCAACGCUUCCGGCAUGUCCUAUCUUGGCGAGAUAUGCGAAGCCACGUGGUCGGCACGCAGGUCGAUAUCUUCCUAUAUAGGAAGCCAGCCAUGGUAUGCUGAGCGUCAGAUAUAGACGCAGGCGGCGAAAGUUUGGGGGUAACCUUAUAGGAACACCCUUGGAACCCCCAAACGGAUUGUACCAGGCGCUUCCGUCUUAAACGGCAGGACUCGGAUGGGGUGUCUGAAGCAAAGAGAUGUCAUCUGUGCGUUUCUCUUGAGACACACCCUAAUGCCACACUUGAUCUUGUUCCUGAUCUUGAUUCUUUAAAGAUAUGCUUGCCGCAUGUUACGAUCCUGGGGAAGCUCUGCGGCUACGAGAUCUGAAGGAGAGCGUGGUUCAGAUCGUGAUUCUCCACACCACGUCUUGUGGUACAUGGACAGAGCGUCGGCAUCUCGGCCAAACCUUUUUCACGAAGAGCAAUAGAUUGUAUUACAAGUUUAUCAUGUUCCGGCCUCGGCUGUCCCACGUAGCUUCCGUUGCCGGCGGAUUGAGAUCCCAGGACCAAGGCGCCAAAGCAACCGGAAGAGAAUCGGACGCGACUGUGCGACGCCGGUUGGUCGUCGGACCUGUAUCAUACUUCCCCACAAAUGAUAGAGCCAGCACCGAAGAUAGGGUGAUGAUCUGUAAUAGGGGACCUAUCAUUGCUGCCGAGAUAAAGGCUUGGCUUGUGAAAUCCGGGGAGGUUUCCACGCCUCCCCUGGCAGGCUGGGGUAAAGGAAUUGAUAGUAUUGGGAUUGGUGGCUCCGAACUAUUUUCGCCUCUAACUUGGGAGCCAAUCAAGGGACAGCGAUAAGUUUGCGGCUACCCAAGGGGGGUGGCGUUACUGCUUAGCACGUAAACUUCGCUCGCGAGACCAAAGGGACGACUGUGUCAAAGGGCGCAUAGUCGGUGAGACAGCAUAAAAAUUUAAUAAGAAAAAAAAGGGCUACAUGGAAAGCCGGUUUACCGAUAGGACAACAUCAGGUUUCGCUUCGUAUGAGGCAUUAGUUGGCUAUGCGCGUUUUUUAAAAAUGCCCUGUCAUUUUUCUGUUGGCCGCUGUCACGAUCGUUUUCGGCUAAGAGUAGCGUUGCAGUCAGUGCCCGCAUGGCAGUGGAGAGGCACUUUCGGACGCAAGGAAAUGGCGCGUUUGACGAUUCGCUGUCGCAUCAUGGGUGGCUUUAGUGAACAGCAUGUGAAUGCCCUGCCUGCCCUGAUGCGGCCAGCGCCUGAAAAUGAAAAUGACAGCCGUGCGCGUACAGUGCGAUAAAUGUUUCAAUGUCUCUCAAGGACCUACAUUUGCUUCAGCGGUAUAAAACAGCGCGAUGGUAGAAGACGGACAUGUUUGCCAUGUAUUUUGAUAAUGCUGUUGAUGAUGAAGUUGUUGGUUGCAUACUUGGCUUGUAACGGGUCUCGUCUAUUAUUCAUUUGUAACAAUAUCAAAUUAUUUUUCCUUGUUUUUUGGUUCUUUUUGUUCGAUACCAAUGUUCCUCACGAUCAUUUUACUGCCCUGUAUCCAGGAGCCAGAAGUGGAGUAUACUGGCGAUUGCCCAACUACCGCCCCAAGUCUGGGGUAGGCGAGACCCAGUUCUGGGCACUCCAGGGACCAGCCAACCAGGCAUUAGGCAAUGCGAACUGCUGACGGCGAUGCGCUAUAGGCUACCCUGUUGGUUGAUAUCAUUUGAUCUGGUACAUGCGUAG